AUGCCCCCCGGUGGACUCCCAGCCAGCCUGGUCGCAGGCAACCCCAGCGGCCGUCCCACCGUCGACACUUCUGGCUACGGGGCCAACUAUAGCAAAAACACUCCUACCUCACCGGAGGACAGCUUGAUACCUCCCUUCGAGUCUCCAUCGACUCGAACUGCAGGCCCAGUCACCCCAGUCGAGGAUGGGCGCUCCGGUCGUGCUUUGGGCCCCGACCAGGCUGGCCAUCGCGACCGCUCCGCUGCGAGAGAUCGAUCGCGGGUCAACGGGCGGCAAAACAAAUCACCCGGCGGCUCAUCGCGCCUGUGUCAAAAGUGCGGUGAACCUCUAACCGGUCAAUUUGUUCGAGCGCUGGGUGGUACCUUCCAUUUAGAAUGUUUCAAGUGCGAGGACUGCGGCGAGAUCGUUGCCUCCAAAUUCUUCCCUGUCGAUUCCGAAGACGCAAACUGCCAGUUUCCGCUUUGCGAAACCGAUUAUUUUAGACGACUGGGCCUGUUGUGCCACGAGUGCGGCGGCGCGCUGCGUGGAUCAUACAUCACCGCAUUAGAUCGGAAGUAUCAUAUCGAGCACUUUACUUGUUCCGUGUGUCCCACGGUCUUCGGCGCUCAGGAUUCAUAUUACGAGCACGAAAGCAAGGUCUAUUGCCAUUUCCAUUAUUCAACCCAGUUUGCACAGCGGUGUCAUGGGUGCCACACUGCGAUCCUCAAACAGUUUGUCGAGAUUUUCCGCAACGGUCAAAAUCAACACUGGCACCCCGAAUGUUACAUGAUCCACAAAUUCUGGAACGUCCGGUUAUCGCCUGCUGGUCAGACGUGGGAACCUCCACCAGUGGACGAGGAUGCUAGCGAGGAAGAGCGCAAGCAGAUUCGCGAUGAGGAGGAUAUCAUGGAGGAGAAAGUGUUCAACAUCUGGAACACCCUCUCUACCUUUGAAGAAUCAUCUGCCGCUUGUAUUUCAGAUAUGCUGCUUCAUGUCAGCAAUGGCGCUUAUCUGGAUGGUGUUCUGGUCGCCAAACGCUUUAUCGGCCACGUGGAAAUUCUCUUUGGCGCAGUCGAUGAGCUAGCCAACUACAUCAAAUCACACGAACUGAAAGAACUCUCCUACGGCCGCGAAGCGAAAUUAUUGUGCAAAAAGAUUGUCGCUUUCUUUGCUUUAUUAUCCAAGACGCAAGAGACUGGCGUGCGGAAACUCGGUGUCACCCAGGAGCUCCUUUCCCUGGUGACGGGUCUGGCUCAUUACCUCAAACUUCUGAUUCGCAUUGGUCUGCAAGGUGCGCUUAAACUCGAACGGGAGAAGUCUGCACCCGAUGGCCUACACGACUUCCUGGAGCAUCUACGUGAUCUGGAGUCGCUUGCCGAAAUGGAAGAUGAGAAUGCUGGACUCGAUUUGAUGGCCGGAGUGGAAGGUCUGGCCGAUCAAUUGUCAGAUUGCUGCAUCUCGUGCAAAGAGCCAAUCGACGAUGAGUGUGUCCUCCUCGGACAGAGUCGCUGGCACACCAAGCCGCCUCACCUAUCCUGCGUUGUGUGCGAGAAAGAUUUGACCGCUGAUCUUCAAGGCGCCUUAUGGAGCGAAAGCGAAGAAAAAGCCUACUGCGAUGACUGCGCCCACCAACAGGAUCUUGGCUCUGCCGUUCAAGGUGGCUUCAUCCCAGUCUCUAAGCUGCAGCAAUUCAUUUUCUUGCUCAAGGUCGCCCUCGCACGGCUCCUCGCCGUGCUUCGGUCUGGAGGAACCUUGCCUCAAACGUCAGACGAUCCUUCCCUGAAUGAGUACGACAAUAAGGAUGGCAAUCGAGUUCCCCCUGAGGUUCGACGGGCUAAUGCCCGCGCUUCACAAUACGGAGGUGGCUCGCGAGAGGGCAUGGAAGAAUCAUCCCUCGAGCAGACUGUCGGCGAAAUGCGCCGACUGCGCUCGAUUCGCAAUGAGCGAACCCUGUCCACAACCUAUAAGAGAGCUCGCGCGUCCAGGAUUAUUGACGGUCCCGAGGGAAGGAGCGCUCGACCUGGAUCUUCUGGAAAUGAUGGCAGCGACCCAAGGGGCCCUGGCUUCCAGAUUGUUGAGGAGAGAGAUGCCAAUGGCGAGACAGUCACCGAUCUGACAUUCGGCGCUCAAGAUGCUUUGACGCUAGAUGAUAUCCCUCGCAUUGUUGCAGCCGAACAAGCGAAAGAGCAACGACCUAAUGCAUUCAAGCAUGCCGGACACAAGCUUGUCGGGGGCACAGAGCCCAUGCUCAAAUACAACCGCGGCCACCAGCGCGAAGUGUCUAGCGGGAACUUGGAGGCACUUAUGGAGCCAACUAGAACCAAACGGUACUUCUCAGAAUUGACUGCGCUGGAGUACUUCAUCGUUCGUCACGUCGCUGUGCUACAGAUGGAGCAACUGGUCGAGGGCUACUUCCAAAUGGAAGAGCUUCUUUCUUUGAUCGAAUCUCGCAAGCCUACGAUAUGGAAUAUCUUCGGUCGCGCCUUCAAGGAUGGAAAGAAGGGUGCCAAAAAGAAGGGUGUCUUUGGUGUCGAUCUGAACUUCCUCGUGGAGAAGGAGGGCACAGAGUCAAGUCAUGGCGUUGGCCCGGGCGCCCUUCGUAUCCCAACACUUGUCGAUGACUCUGUUUCAGCCAUGCGACAAAUGGACAUGUCGGUCGAGGGUGUUUUCCGAAAGAACGGCAACAUUCGACGACUGAAGGACACCUCGGAGCUUAUCGACACCAAGUAUGAACAGGUCGAUUUGACCAAGGAAACCCCUGUACAGAUCGCAGCUCUGCUGAAGAAGUUCCUUCGUGAAAUGCCUGACCCGCUUCUCACGUUCAAGCUCCACAGACUGUUUGUCAUUUCUCAAAAACUCGAGGACCCCGAGAAGCAGAGACGGUUGCUGCAUUUGACAUGCUGCUUACUUCCCAAGGCCCACCGCGACACUAUGGAAGUCUUAUUCGCUUUCCUGAACUGGACCUCCUCUUUCUCGCACGUUGACGAGGACUCUGGAAGCAAAAUGGACAUUCACAACCUUGCCACUGUCAUAACCCCGAACAUCCUUUACCCCAACGCCAAGAACAGCACCGUGGAAGAAAGCUUCCUCUCCAUCGAGGCUGUCAACGCUCUCAUCACGUAUAAUGACGCUUUGUGCGAGAUCCCCGAAGACCUGCAAUCAAUCUUGAGUGAUCCCACUCUGUUCAAGGAAAACGCCGAGGUCACGACCAAGGAAAUCCUGAAACGUUAUGGCGACAUUGCGCGGGGCAGUUUCUCACAAAAACCAGAGAAUGGCGGCGAGACAUUCACAAUCACCACCCCCAACCGCAACAACAGCACGCCAGCUUCCGCACGCAUCGAGACCGACCCAUCCCAGGACGCAGCCUGGCAGAUGCAGAGCUCUGUUCGCCACGUACCUGGUCCUAGCGGACAUGCUCACUCAUCCAGCACUAAUGCCCAGGCUGGACUUGAGUUCGUCCCUCCCCCCAAAUCCUACCUCCGCAACCGAAGCGCUAGCAACGGUAGCCAGCCAAAUGCCGGGCCCUCGGAGGGCCAACCUCAACAAAAUGUCGCAUAUCGGCCACGCCCAAGUCCAGGUGCCAUGGGUGUUACUGGAUAG